GUCCUGGCCAAUCAGAUCGUCUGAAUCUGCUCUUUGUACUACAGGCCACAGCAGAAAGAUCUUGGUCCCCUCUCCUCUCCCCAGAGGUUUCACUUCAAGAAUAUUCUCUCCCAGGCCACAGACACUUCCUGUGCCGGACCCAUCUCUUAAUUCGCCCAUCUACCCAAGACCCUGUGUUGACAAUGCAGCAGGCAUCCACAGUCGUCGUGACUCAACCUGGAUUCGUUCGUGCACCUCAAACUUCCAACUGGCAGACGAGCCUGUGUGAUUGCUUCAGCGACUGUGGUGUCUGUAUCUGUGGCACAUUUUGUUUCGUGUGCCUUGGGUGUCAAGUGGCAGCCGACAUGAACGAAUGCUGUCUCUGUGGAACGACAGUCGCAAUGCGGACCCUCUACCGAACCCGAUAUGGCAUCCCUGGAAGUAUUUGUAAUGAUUACAUGGUGACUUUCUGCUGCCCUGUCUGUUCUCUUUGCCAAAUCAAGAGAGAUAUCAACCGAAGGAGGGCCAUGAAUGCUUUCUGAGAACAUGAUGGUGAAGAGCUUGUACCAAAGCAACUCCAAUCAGCAGACACAUUUUCAGCCUAAGUACUUCUCCAUCCUAUGGGACCAAAAUAGAACAGAUGUGUUUAAUGAUAAAAUGAUGGCAUUAAAAAGAAAUCAAAGUUUUGAUUUACUUUAAAUGGAUGUUGUUCCUUAGCUUAGUUUCUCCCUACUCUCCUCACAUAUUCUGGCUUAUAAAUUUUUACAUUACACUUUAAAUGUCAACCAAAUAAAGGAUUUUACUAAUAAAA